CGAAAAUUCCUGAGCAUGCAUCUCUCCUUCCGAUUCCAUCAACAUAACGUAGCAUCAGAACUACCACCGCGUCCAUCACCAUGUCGACGACGGCCACGCCCAAGGGUGGGGCCAGACAGCGAGGAUCCUCGGUCAGCAAGGCCAUCUCCGAGGUCAAUACGUACACCGAUGGAGCCAGCGUCUUGCCUUCGCAGGACGGAAACGAGAACCCGGCAGCCGAGAUGAAGGCGACGCUUGCGGGUGAGAAGAGCAACGUAGCCUCAUCAUCCUCGUCGUCGACGCGCGGUGACAAGGGCAAACAAGCCGUCGCGAAGAAGAGCAGCGCUCCCAAGGCGGACGAGCAUGUAAGCAGGAGCCAGGGACUUCUCAAGGACAUCAUUACCUUCCGAUGGAUGACGGAGCCAGCCUCAUCGGCCAAGCUCGCUGGCAUCAUCAUUGUCCUCUGGCUCAACUGGCGGCUCCUUACCCCCCACGUCGCCAACCCGUUUGAGCCCUUCCUCUUUCUCUCGCACCGCAUCCCUGUCGCGACUGUGCUCCUCGAGGAGCCGAGCGUGGCGCUUCGAGGCGAUACCGUGCGUUACCAGAAGGGCUACAAGGACCUUCUCUUCAUCCUCUUCUACAUCAUCGUCUUCAGCUGCAUUCGACAAACGACGACGCUGUACAUGUUCAAGCCCUUUGCCGCGUGGUGGGGUAUCAAGAACGAGCGCAAGCGCGAGCGGUUCACCGAGCAGGGCUACGCCUUCCUCUACUGGGGCACUGCCGGCCUGCUUGGCCUCUAUGUCAUGUCCUUCCAGGAGAGCUGGUGGUUCCAGCUCGAGCACCUCUGGCUCAAGUACCCGCACUGGCAGAUGCGGCCCGAGCUCAAGACCUACUACCUCCUUCAGCUCAGCUACUGGCUCCAGCAGGCCCUCGUCAUGCUUCUGCGCCUCGAGGCGCCACGCAAGGAUUACUACGAGCUCAUUGCCCACCACCUCGUCACCCUCUGGCUCAUCGGCUGGUCCUACCUCAUCAACCUGACCAUGAUUGGGACGACUGUCUUUGUAUGCAUGGACAUCCCUGACACCUGGCUCGCUGCGGCCAAGGGUCUCAACUACCUUGGUCUCGACCUAGCUGCCACGAUCAUUUUUGGCAUCUUCAUGUUCAUCUGGACCUACUUCCGCAUCUACCUCAGCGCCGUCACUCUCUGGUCCGUCUGGUACCAGUUCGACCUGAUUCCAGCCUACACGAAGUACUUCCUCCCCAGCAAGGGCGUCUGGCUCACCUGGUGGAUGAAGUACCAGGUAUUUGCGCCCCUCUUCCUUCUCCUGCUCCUCAACAUCUUCUGGUACGUCCUCAUGUGGCGCGUCAUGAUCCGCUCGAUCCAGGGCAUCAGCGGCGACGUUCGCGAGGAGGGCGAGUACGACGACGAUGAGGAAGAAGAGAAGAAGAAGGAGUAGGUGGGGAAGUUUGGUCGUAACUCAAAGAAGAGCCGUGAGAUGUACAAAGAUAAGGAAAAAGAAGAGGAAGAAGACAAAGGGAAGGGAAGAGAAACAGGGACAAUUGUCACACUCUCAGACUUGUCUCUCCUUGCGGAAUGCAUUUGCUCCUGGCCUAGCUUGCUGCCUUUGUCGUCUGCCUGAGUUGAUGUAUGAUUGCCGCACGCAUGAAUAAAAGU